UUGAAUGGAAGGAGCCCGCGUCCGCGGAGCGCAGCAGAGGGUUGGGAGAGCGCGUUCGGCCGGUGGGGCGCGGCGAGGCGCUGGGACGCAGCAGGCACCAUGGCCAGGAGCAGGGAGCUGCGGCUCCUGCUGCUGUUGCUGCCGCCGCUGCAGCUGGGACUGGUGCUCGCCGUGCGGGCCCCUGUGUUUGGCCGAAAUGGGGCCCACAGCCUGAGCCCUGAAGAGAAUGAAUUUGUGGAGGAGGAACCAGUGCUGGUCCUGAGCCCUGAGGAGCCGGGACCUGGCCCAGCCACUAUUAACUGCCCCCGAGAAUGUGCCUGCUCCCAGGAGGGUGUCGUGGAUUGUGGCGGCAUCGACCUGCGUGAGUUCCCAGGGGACCUGCCUGAGCAUAUCAACCACCUGUCCCUGCAGAACAACCAGCUGGAGAAGAUCUACCCUGAGGAGCUCUCCCGGCUGCAUCGGCUGGAGACUCUGAACCUUCAGAACAACCGCCUGACUUCCCGAGGGCUCCCGGAGGAAGCGUUUGAGCAUCUGACCAACCUCAAUUACCUGUACCUGGCCAAUAACAAGCUGACCUUGGCACCCCGAUUCCUGCCAAACACCCUGAUCAGUGUGGACUUCGCUGCCAACUAUCUCACCAAGAUCUAUGGGCUCACCUUUGGCCAGAAGCCAAACUUGAGGUCCGUGUACCUGCACAACAACAAGUUGGCGGACGCUGGGCUGCCGGACAACAUGUUCAAUGGUUCCAGCAGCGUUGAGAUCCUCAUUCUGUCCAGCAACUUCCUGCGCCACGUGCCCAAACACCUGCCGCCCGCCCUCUACAAGCUGCAUCUCAAGAACAACAAGCUGGAGAAGAUCCCACCAGGAGCCUUUAGUGAGCUGAGCAACCUACGGGAGCUGUACCUACAGAACAACUACCUGACUGAUGAGGGCCUGGACAACGAGACCUUCUGGAAGCUCUCCAGCCUGGAGUACCUAGAUCUUUCCAGCAACAACCUGUCGCGGGUCCCCGCGGGGCUGCCACGCAGCCUGGUGCUGCUGCACCUGGAGAAGAAUGCCAUCCGGAGCGUGGACGCCGAUGUGCUGACUCCCAUCCGCAGCCUUGAGUACCUGCUGCUGCACAGCAACCAGCUGCGCGCGCACGGCAUCCACCCGCGGGCCUUCCAGGGCCUCAAGCGGCUGCACACCGUGCACCUGUACAACAAUGCGCUGGAACGCGUGCCCAGCAGCCUGCCCCGCCGCGUGCGCACCCUCAUGAUCCUGCACAACCAGAUCACUGGCAUUGGCCGCGACGACUUUGCCACCACCUACUUCCUUGAGGAGCUGAACCUCAGCUACAACCGCAUCACCAGCCCGCAGGUGCACCGCGACGCCUUCCGCAAGCUGCGCCUGCUGCGUUCGCUGGACAUGUCUGGCAACCGUCUGCACACUCUGCCGCCAGGGCUGCCCCGCAACGUGCACGUGCUGAAGGUCAAGCGCAAUGAGCUGGCUGCCCUGGCACGCGGGGCGCUGGCCGGCAUGGCCCAGCUGCGCGAGCUCUACCUCACGGGCAACCGGCUGCGCAGCCGGGCCCUGGGCCCCAGCGCCUGGGCCGACCUUGCCCAUCUGCAGCUGCUGGACAUUGCUGGGAAUCAGCUCACAGAGAUCCCCAGGGGGCUACCUGAGUCGCUUGAGUACUUGUACCUGCAGAACAACAAGAUUAGCACCGUGCCUGCCAAUGCCUUUGACUCCACACCCAACCUCAAGGGGAUCUUUCUCAGGUUUAACAAGCUGGCGGUGGGCUCCGUGGUGGAAAGUGCUUUCCGGAGGCUGAAGCACCUGCAGGUCUUGGACAUAGAAGGCAACUUUGAGUUUGGUGACACUUCCAAGGACCGGGACCAGUUGGAAGAAGAAGAGGAAGAGGAUGAGGAAGAUGAGGAUGAGGAGGAAGAGGAAAGGCGAUAGUGAUCAGGACGAUGGACAUCUGGACCCUUUUCUUCAGCACGUGCCUGUGCCCUGUGAGCACCCACUCUGCCACUCUCCAGACACACCCAGCACUGCACCCCCACAUCUCCCCAGUACAAGCUGAACGCACAGUCUCCCAUCCUCACCCCUUUCUACAGUUUGUGCCAUAGCCAGAUACAGAUACCAUGGCACACCCACACACAGCCAGCUGUACAUCGCCCCCCAAAGGGUCCCUCACCCACCGUCGCCAUCACUCCCUCCGAAUCAUGCAGACUCAGGGAAGGGUCUGACCCCACCCCGGCAUACACGGGCUCCCACUUCUUCCUCCAUGCACCCCCCACACACACACACGUCACGUGCAGACAGCCCUCCUCGGCCUGUGCCACCAACAGCUCUUGCCCCAGCCAGAAGUGGCCAGAACAGCUUGCUGUCUGCCUGUCCGUCUGUCCGUCCAUCCUCUGGAGAAGACACAGAGUUGUCUCCGAGCUCUCUGCGGCCAGGUGCCUGCUGCCCUCUGGAAUUCACAAAAGCUGGCUUUUGUUCCUUUCCCUCCCUCUGGGGACAGGAACCUCAGGACUGCUGCCCUGGCCACACCCACCCUGUGUCACAGCCCUGGGAAGCCACUCCCUGCCCUGCCCUGGCUGGUCACAGGCAGAGCCAGAGGGAAAUUCCCCUGGGACCGCCAGGGCCAUGGGCAGGGGCGAGAUGGAAGUCGUUGGGCUGGGCUGAGUGAGGAGGAAGGGCCCGGCCCCACCCUUGAGACACCAUUUUUAUUCUUUGGGCCUGCAGGGAG